ACACUACUAGUACUUCUUGUUGGGAAAUUCAUUUACCUCUUUCAUCUCGCGGGAAACCAAUCGAUUCAUCCUCAGGAAUGUCAACUCAGCAUCGUGAAACCUACCCCAAUGACAGAGAGAAUGACGAAAAUAAGAUAUCAAUGAAGGGUCCAGGGUUUUGUCUAGAAAUCGAUCCAUCCAGGUUAACAAAUAUUUCCUUUUCAUACCUGAAUCAAAAUGGAAUAAAGAAACAGAUAGUGCUGGAUAUCAGAGACGAAAAAGAGGUCUUGACAGUCGGUGUACAGCCUCAGGACGAAAGAAACAUCGAAGUGGGACUAGGCGCUGCUCUGGAAAGUUCGGGGUCGGAGACACGGGAUGAAGAAAUGUCCGAGAUAGGACCACUGCGAUCUGAUGAAGGGAGGCAAGUUUCUCUGGGAUUGCCAGAGGAGUGAUCACGGAACAUAAUUAGCUUGGAGGGGG